GACAGCAGCGCGAGAGAGCUUGUCAAAAAACAUAACGUAAAUAUUGGAAUGAGACGUCGUGGAAGUUUGAGGAGAAAUAACUCUAUAAAAGAUGCGCAGCUUCUCACGUCUUACGGUUUUCCUUGCAUUGAUCUUCAUCUUCAAAUCCACGUGGGCGUCUCCACAGUCUGGUCAUGACUCGAGUGGCAGCAGGAGUCGGCGAGGUGCGCCCUGCGGAACAGACAUGUCAUCGUUGAACAACAUCUGCUGUUUAAACUGCCCAGCUGGUACACAUAUGAAAUCACCCUGCACCAAGCACGGGGAGAUGGGGGAGUGUGGGGAAUGUGACUAUGGGACGUUCACUGAGCACUCCAACGACCUGAAACAGUGUUUCAAGUGUGCACAGUGUCGCCCAGAUCAGAUAAUUGUAAGGCCGUGUAUUCAAACUCAGAAUACCGAAUGUGAAUGCAAAGCGGGAAGAUUUUGCGCCCAUGACCAAGCAUGUGAAGUUUGCAAGAAGUGUUCAAGAUGUGAAAAGGAUGAAGUGAUAGUGAGGAACUGCACCUCUACAACCAACACGGAGUGCAAGAAAAUCCAGUCCCCCCCACCCUCAGGAAACACUUGGCUUUGGCCAUCACUCAGCGCAUCACUUAUUGUGGUGGCAAUAGCUGUUGUUGUGGCAGUUUUGUAUAAGAAGCAUAAAGCAUCAGACUCUCAGAGCUCCCGACCUGAUGGGCUGAAACCUGGAGAGCGUAACACUGAGGAAGGGAGAAACGGACAGACCCGAAUGCCCAGCUUUCUGGAGUCAUUUCCCAAGCUUGUUCCUGUGAACGAUGGGUCUCUGCAGAAAUGUUUCGAAUAUUUUGAGGAAGUGGACAUCUGUUACCACAAUAGAUUCUUCCGUUACAUCGGCAUUAGCGACAACGUUAUCAAAAGCAAAGAGUACCUUCCAUACGCAGACAGGAUCCAUGAAUUGCUGAACAUUUGGAUGGAACAAAAGGGCAGAGAGGCCAGUUUGAAUGACCUGCUGAAGGCACUGCUUGAUCUGUCUCAAAGGAGAACAGCUGAGCAUAUCAGGCAGUGUGCUAUUCAACACGGCCAUUACACAGAAUGUGAGAAUGAAUUGUCUGAACAGUUUUCAGGCAAUAUAUAGUCACCUGAUGACCACCUAUGUUGUCGCAUAGUCGCAAUUCUUACACAACAUGUAAUUACUGCGGUCGUAAGAAUGCACAAGGCUUCCACUCAUAAUGAUCUUUUCGUUAAAAGUGAAUCUGUCCUGUUCAAGGAAGAAAAAAAAGUAAUGAGACUACAUGAUUUAAUGUUGUCUCAUGAAUGUCAUGAAGGUCCUGGCUGCUGAAAGCUUGCACUCCAUCAAAUACUGGUUGGAGUACAAGCAAGCCUACCGCCCAUAGUGACGCCUCGGCGUGAGUAGCUAACUCUUCAGCCGAGGAAAAAAACAAACAAAAAAAACUACUAGUUUUUGUUGUUUGCUGGCACUGGUGCUGCUGUUUCAGGGCAGGAGUGUUGCUGUACUGUACAGUUUCAAAGUGUUGAUGCAGGAUCCUGCUAUGUCCAACCUGGCUGGUUAAGCUAGAGGACAAGCAGGACUGCUUGACGUGAAGCACACUUUGAAUGAUAGCAGGAAUAUUAUUUUCUGUUAUCUGACUGAAAGAGGUUUAUGUCCUUCAGUUCUAUUUAAGUGUUGCUGGAAAAGUAUUUUUAAAAAGUAUUGAUUGUCUUGUGUAUCAAGUGGACAAGACUACGUUAUACUGAAAUAUGAGCCCAAGACAGUUUGAUUGUUUUAAAUAGCAACUGUGAUGUUCAUUAGACCGUCACUGCAAAUUCCUUCCUUAAGAUGUGCAUUGUUUAUUUAUUCAAACUCUGUCCUCAGGAAUGAAUGUCAAUAGAACAUUUGAAACAAAAUGUCUAGAGAGCAAUGGGAUUACUAAAAGGUUUAUUAAGUUAUUAUGGUGGAAAGCCGUGAAAGUAAUUUAUCUCAAUACAGUGCCUGACUGUAUUGUUUACCUUUUUAGUGGAGGUUUUUUUGAGUAUGUUCCAGUUGGGCUUGCUCGAAGCACCUGAUCAAAAUAGAAUCAUUUGUUCUUGUCUCCUCUCUUGCGUUGUGCUUCUGGUCAUUGUUGCAUCAGGUAAUCAUGAUCACAUCGACAUCUUGGGAGGUGUACAAAAACAAAAUAGAUGCAAUUGAAUGCACUACAGCAUUACAUUUGAUCUGAUUCUUUAACUUGUAUAGAGGGAAAGAGUAUAUUUAUGCACUACCCCUCUUCCAUCUUUAGAUGGUUCUGUCUGAUACAGAUGUGUAUGGCUGUUAAUGCUGUAACACUGUCUGUCUUACAAAGAGGCUCAUCACUACAGUAUGUUACGUUGAGCCUGCACUUAUGAUAUGCUGACAUAUUUAUCCAUUGCUUAUCUGUCACUUUGAUUUAUUUUUUAUUCAUUUUUAUUCUGUUUUUCUUUUUCCUUUGUAAUUGUUUUAACCUGCAGAUCAGAACUAACUGGCUGUAGAGUUAUUCAGGGAUUUUAAAGUUCACUCAAAAAUGUUUCUUCACUUGGAUGUUUGAGCUGUUACCAUAUUCAUCUGCUGAAGCCUUAAACCUUCUGUUUAAAACAUGUACCAGCGAGCAUGAUUUGUGACAUCUCAGCUAGCUUGGAGGCUAAUCAUAUGCAACUUUUACAAUUGUGAUGAGUAAACUUGAAGCUUCCACUGCACAAACACAACUUUUUCAUUGAAGUAACUUUUGAAAUGAACAUUUAUAUGUUUCAGUGAGGGAGAAGGGAUACAUUUUUAAUUAUCAAUCAGUUAAUUGGACUUUUUAGUUCAAAAAUACAAUUGUCAGAUCAUUUUUAUAUCUUAAAUCUGAUCUGGAGAUGAUCUUCAGAGACUGAUUGAAGGUUAAAGUGUCCUGAAAUAUGAAAU